AUGGGGCUGCAGCAGAAGAAUGACCAGAGGGUUAGGGCUGUGGCUAUUGUUCUAUAUAAGGCCAAGGAAGCCUCCACAUUUCUUCACUGCAUUGCAUCUUUAUCAUCAGAGAAAGCAUUCCGCUUAACUGAUGUCUGCGGUGCUAUUGUGCAGAAAAUAGAACUUGUUGAUGGUAACAAGAGCUGGGUUGAUGUUGUUGGUUCCCGCAAGCGGAUUUACAUCACGCCUUCCCCUGGUGCUUCGGAGAACAUCAAGUAUGAAGUUCAAGCCGUAGAUAACUCCAACAACAAAAUCGUCUCCAAAGUGCUGCAAGGAGCGAUGCUGCAACUUUACAAGAACGUCGUGGUCACUUUUGAGGUUACUCCUGCCAGUACCGCAAAGUGGACUAUCCAAUAUGAGAAACUAGAUCCAUCCAACAAAGACCCUGAUGUUUACACCGGACUUUUGGGUACUGUCAACAACAAUGUUAAUACUUACAUUCGUUACGGUGGCGAAGUGUAG